GGAUACGAGAAAGACCGAGAGAUUUCUGAGUAUCUGAUGAGUUUAUUUUUAGAUGAGGAUGGGAUUCAUUAUAUUGAUGCAGUGUGUUUUGUGAUGAAGGCGUCUCAGAAUCGACUCUCUGAAAAAGAGUUUUACAUCUUUCACUCAGUUCUGUCUCUCUUUGGUAGAGAUAUAGAGGAGAACAUAGUGUUUCUACUCACAUAUUCAGAUGCAGGACCUCCAACAGAUGCUCUUAAUGCCAUUAAAACAGCAGAAAUACCCUGCAGAAGAGAUGAGAGAGAAAAACCUGUUCACUUCUUAUUCAAUAACCAGCAGAAACAGCAAAGAGACAAGCAGUAUGAACAUGCAUUCAGAUCAUCAUGGGAAAUGGGAGAGAGAAACUUGAAUGAGUUCUUCACACUCCUGGCUGAAAAGAACAGAAAAAGUGUUGUGAUGACAUUAGAUGUUCUGAACGAGCGAAGACGACUUGAGGCCUGUGUGUCUUAUCUGAAGGAGCAAAUUAGUGAGAAAGAGUUAAAAACUGAAGAACUGAAUAAGGUUAAGGAAGCCAUCAUAAAGAACAGAGACAAAAUUAAGAAAUGUGAAAACUUUCCGUUUACAGUCAAAACAGCUGUGAAAGAAAACGUCUCCACUGAAAAUGAAUGGUGGUGGAACAGAAAUGCAACCUGCUGCUCCGACUGUGAGGAAAACUGUCAUGAGCACUGCUCAGAUGAAGAACCUUCAAAGUGUUCAGUCAUGAAAAACAAUCAAUGCACUGUGUGUACAGGAAAGUGUCAUUACAGCAAACAUGUUAGAGAGAACAAAAAAUAUGUGACAAAGACAAAGACAAUCACUUUGACAUUUGUUGACCUGAAACAGGAGUAUGAACACACUGGUGAAAAGCCUAAAACCAGCUUUCAAAAAGACAUUUUUGAAAACAUUACAAAGGAACAUAAAAGUCACAUGACAGAGUCUCAGAAUAAAAUAAAAAUAGUAGAAAAAGUGAAGAGCGAACUUGAGAAGAUUACAAAUGAAAAGUCCAAACUGCUUCAUGAAACUUAUGUGACAGUCAUGAAUCUGUCAGAGAUUGCACUUAAAUCAGACAGCGCUUUCACUCUUCAGCAUCUGGAUUUCUUGAUUCCCAGACUGAAGGAGGAGGGAAAAGAUGAAUGGAUGAAGAACCUGGAGGAUAUGAGGAAAGCUGGAGAAGAGAGGAAGAACAAUGGGGCUUUAUGUCACGUCAUGGAAUUUG